AAACAAGACGAAAACAGGUAACUUGCAUCAAUCCACCUCUUUCUCCACCUCAAGACACUGCAACAACAACAACCCCACGAAGCCCUCUACUUUUCAAAUCUCAGAUCAAAAUCGUAUUCGUUGAGAUCGCUCUCUUUCUCUCUGAAGACGUCGUCGUCGGUGUGUAGGGGCCGGAGACGAGGAGAUUAUGCCGAGCGUGGCUGUCAAGUUGUACAGUGUAUUCUUCAAGUUUCUCUUGAAGCACCGCUUGCAGAACCGGAUCCAGAAUCCCUCUGAUGAGUCCAGUCCAUUCGGCGUUACAAGCCGACCCGAGGAGUCCGUCGCAGCACCAAAUCCCUCUUUCGAGGAUGGUGUUGCUACGAAGGAUAUCCACAUCGACCCUUUCACGUCCCUUUCUGUUCGGAUCUUCCUCCCGGAGUCCGCUCUCAAAGCUCCUGAACCCGACUCGAAGCUCCAAUCCAGGCCUCGAAUCCCUGCGCACCCUUCCAAACAACAUCUCGAUCUUGAUCUAAACGAUAAUACCACUUCCCGUCGGAACAGCUACGGCCCCUCCGGAAUGCCUUCGCCUAAACAUGAAUCUAGAAGGAAUAGUUACGGUUGCAGCAAUGACAUGGACGGUUUGAAUUUGAUGAAAUCCGACGUUUACAGGGGAUACUCACCUUCUAUGGAUAAUGCAAGAAAGCUUCCUAUAAUGUUGCAGUUUCACGGGGGUGGUUGGGUGAGUGGGAGUAAUGAUUCCGUUGCUAAUGAUUUCUUUUGUAAAAGGAUUGCAACGCUUUGUGAUGUUAUUGUUGUGGCGGUUGGGUAUAGGCUGGCACCAGAAAAUCGGUACCCAGCAGCCUUUGAGGACGGCUUGAAGGUUUUGAAUUGGCUGGGGAAGCAGGCGAAUUUGGCAGAGUGCAGUAAGUCCAUGGGCAAUGCAAGGGGUGGGGGCACAGAGUUCAAGAAAGGAGAUGUUAACAGGCAUAUUGUUGAUGCAUUUGGGGCGUCCAUGGUGGAGCCUUGGUUGGCUGCGCAUGGAGAUCCGUCUAGAUGUGUCCUGCUUGGGGUGAGCUGUGGUGCCAACAUUGCAGACUACGUGGCUCGGAAAGCUGUAGAAGCAGGUAAGCUCCUGGACCCUGUCAAGAUUGUAGCGCAGGUAUUGAUGUAUCCAUUUUUCAUUGGAAGUAGUGCUCCCACUCGUUCUGAGAUAAAGUUAGCGAAUUCCUACUUCUACGACAAAGCCAUGUGCAUACUUGCCUGGAAACUCUUCCUGCCUGAGGAAGAGUUCAGCCUGGAUCACCCAGCUGCUAAUCCUCUUGUUCCUGGACGAGGACCACCUUUGAAGCUUAUGCCCCCAACACUGACAGUGGUGGCAGAACUUGACUGGAUGAGAGACCGUGCUAUUGCUUAUGUACAGGAACUUCGAAAGGUAAAUGUCGAUGCACCUUUGCUCGAGUAUAAAGAUGCAGUUCAUGAAUUUGCGACCCUUGACAUGCUUUUAAAGACCCCUCAGGCCAAGGCCUGUGCUGAGGACAUUGCCAUUUGGGUUAAGAAGUAUAUCUCAUUUAGAGGUCAUGAGUUCUCUUAUUAGCAGAAGUUCCAGGCAGAUUGUCCGUCUCGAGAAUUGCUUACCUGGUUUGUUCUGUUGACUAAUCCAAAAAAAAAGAGAGGUUGCUGCCAGGUGUGAAUAUAUAACGCAUCAGUUGUUUGUGGCCGAUCCAGCUUUUGGGUCGAUCUGCAUUGCAAAGCCGUAUCUUAAUACCUUGGUCUAUUCUGUUUGUUUUUGUAAGAUAGAGAACUCUGAAUUGUAGGAUUAGUGAGUUGAGAUAUGAAUUUUCCUGUAGUUGAGAAAUGAAUGCAGUCUCCAUUAGAGCGUUCUUAUCAUUCUUUCUUCCUGUGUAUUUAAACUAUAUCUCAUGAAUAGAUUAAAAUUAA